CGACAAAGUAUUAUUACAUCUUCUUCUUCUUCAGCUAACGCGGUACUCUGUGAAAAAAGAAAAAAGGAAAUCAUUUUGAAAAACCCUAGCUCCAUAAUUUUUCUUUAGAGUUAUUAUUAUCACCACUUUUUGAAUUAGAUCUUUUCUUUUCAAGGGCUUUGACUUGUAGUUUUCAGUAUCAUUGCUUUUCUUGAUUUCUCUGUACAAGAAAGAUAUAGCGAUCCAAUAUUGCUUGGAAUUGCGCGUCCUCUGGUGAUAUAUAUUCAUAUUCUCAAGUCUUUUUGGGUGUUAGAAAUUUUCCAUGAUUGGAUCAAUUUCUCCGAUUCCGAAGAUAAUAUUAUAGUCUAGAGAGAGAGAGAGAGAGAGAGAUUCAGGUAUAUGGGGUUAGGUUCGAAAAUGGAAGGAACUUCGGCCCCUGCAAAUAGACGAGAUCCAUAUGAGGUGCUCUCAGUAUCGAGGGAUUCAACCGAUCAAGAAAUUAAAUCUGCUUACAGAAAGCUUGCUCUCAAGUAUCAUCCAGACAAGAAUGCUAGCAACCCCGAAGCUUCCGAACUUUUCAAGGAGGUUGCUUAUUCUUAUAGCAUCUUAGCUGACCCAGAGAAGAGAAGACAGUACGAUAGUGCAGGAUUCGAGGCUCUUGAUGCUGAAGGCAUGGACAUGGAAAUUGACUUAUCAAAUCUUGGAACAGUCAAUACAAUGUUUGCAGCUUUGUUCAGCAAGCUUGGUGUCCCUAUCAAGACUACAAUAUCUGCUAAUGUACUUGAAGAAGCUAUGAGUGGGACUGUUACUGUCAGACCCCUUCCAAUUGGAACAUCAGUCAGUGGAAAGGUUGAAAAGCAGUGUGCUCAUUUUUUUGGUGUAACAAUCAAUGACCAACAAGCUGAGGCUGGGAUUGUAGUAAGGGUUACUUCAACUGCACAAAGCAAAUUUAAGUUAUUGUAUUUUGAGCAAGACGAAAAUGCUGGUGGUUAUGGUUUGGCCCUACAGGAAGAUAGUGAGAAGACAGGGAAAGUGACGUCUGCAGGGAUGUACUUUUUACAUUUUCAAGUGUACAGAAUGGAUUCAACUGUGAAUGCGUUGGCUAUGGCUAAGGAUCCUGAAGCAGCUUUCUUUAAGAGAUUGGAAGGUCUUCAACCUUGUGAGGUCUCAGAACUAAAAGCUGGCACUCAUAUAUUUGCUGUCUAUGGAGAUAAUUUUUUUAAGACUGCUACCUAUACGAUUGAGGCAGUUUGUGUGAAGUCAUACGAGGAAACAACAGAAAAGCUUAAGGAUAUCGAGGCUCAGAUUUUAAGAAAGAGAAAUGAACUUCGCCAAUUUGAGACAGAGUAUAGAAAGGCAUUGGCUCGUUUUCAAGAAGUGACCAACAGAUACAGCCAGGAGAAGCAGUCAGUAGAUGAAAUGCUGAAACAGCGAGACAAUAUCCACUCCUCAUUCACUGUCACCCGGCCAGUGAAUAACGGUGGCGCUGGCAGUGGAUUAAGUAAUGGGAGUGGCAAAUUUCCCGGUGAAGAUUCGAAGGCAGAGUCUCCGGGGGAAGAUGGAAGUUCAGAUGCGAAAGAUAAAUCAGCCAGAAAGAAAUGGUAUGGUUUCAUCAACAAAGGAUCAGACAAGAAGCUUGGUUGAUAAUCUUCCUUUUUGAUUGAAAACCACGCCUAUACUUAGUGUUUAGUGUCGCCUUCGUUCGCAGCUCAAGCGAGGUCUCCCCUUAUUAUAUUCAAACGUUCAUUUCUGGUUCCCAAAAUGUUGUUCAGUAUGCUAAUUUUCCUAUUUAAGUUGUAUGCCAAAUUAGUUAGGUGUUUGUACUAAUGUUUUCAUAUUCAUGUUUUUGCAUUGAAUCGACAUCGUCCAUUUACAUGUAGUUAUAUUAUGCAUUUGAUUUUGAUUUUGA